UGUCACCAUCAUGGCAACAACAGCUGCGGCCGCCGCAGCCCGAGCCGUGAGCGGAAGAGUCGCAGGACCGGCGGCCGCGGGGGGAGCGUGACGCGGCGCCCGGAGUAUGAGUGUGGCGGGGCCCGGCGGCACGGAGACUGUGAGCGGCCAUGCCGAGAGAGCCCGGGACAGCCGAUAGCCGUGUGUACUGACUGGGAGAUAGCCGUGUGUACUGAGAGCUGCCGCCCAGACACUGCCCGCUAUCUAUAGCCCAGACACUGCUAUUUAUAGCUCGCACGGAGACACUGAGCUGUCCGGAGCGGCCCCCGGGGGCGGAGAGCGGCCGGUUCCUGUGCGGUGGAAGCAGCCCGGGGAGGAGGGAAAGAUGUUCUCCGUGCGCCUGGUCACAGCGGAUUAUUAUCUGGCCGCACCGCUGCCCGGCCUGGAUGUCACCGCGUCCCACUUCAGAGACUGCCCUGUGCGGAGAGUGCCGGUGGUGAGAGUGUUCGGGGCAACCCCUGCAGGUCAGAAGACAUGCCUCCAUCUUCAUGGUGUUUUUCCAUACCUGUAUGUGCCGUAUGAUGGAUACCGGCAGCAGAAUCCAGAACGUUACCUUCGCCAAGUAGCAUUUAGCAUUGACAGAGCACUUAAUGUGGCUUUAGGCAAUCCAUCAUCCAAUGUACAGCAUGUUUUCAAGAUCACACUGGUAUCUGGAAUACCUUUCUAUGGUUAUCACGAAAAAGAAACCCAGUUUAUGAAGAUAUAUUUGUACAAUCCAGCAAUGGUGAAAAGAGUUAGUGAACUUUUACAAGGCGGAGCAGUCAUGAAUAAGUGUUACCAGCCUCAUGAAGCCCAUGUCCCUUACCUUCUUCAACUAUUCAUCGACUACAAUUUGUACGGAAUGAACUUAAUUAGUCUUGCUGCUGUGAAGUUCAGGAAGGCACGGAGAAAAGGUGACAGAUCACAAGGCCUCAGUGGACAUAAAGGGACAUUGCAGGAAAGAUCCUUCACUGGCACAUUCGCACUUUGGGAAGAAGAUGAAAUUUCAAGCUCCUGCAUGUUGGAAGGUGUGGAACCACAAAGCACCUGUGAACUAGAAGUAGAUGGUGUAGCUGCUGAUAUCUUAAACAGACAGGAAAUCGAAGUUCAGAUAGGGAAGAAUCCUGGUCUACAAGCUAUAUGGGAAGAUGAAAAGCAACGUAGACGAGAAAAUAACCAAUCUUCUCAAAUCAGCCCGCCAGAGUCCCAAGAUCGUGGAUUUGUCCCUGUGACAGAAAGCGAAAAAAUGUUUCAGAAGAGAUUCAAAGAAAUCCUUAAGCAAAAUGACUUCUCUGUGACACUGUCACACUCUAUGGAUUGCAGCAGUGAAUCAGAAGAAUUCUCCACUGAGCUAACUCUGCACUCACAGUUAGAUUCCACAGAGGCUGUCCCGUGCACACCUGCAAAUAUGGUGGAAGUACACAGAGACCACAAGCAACGAAAUGAAGGGUAUGCAGAGGAAGAUCAGGCAGAUGCAGUUAUCGAUGAAGAGGCCAUAUUAAAUGUUAUGGAAAGCAGUCAAAGUUUCCACCCCUUGUCUCAGAGACUUAGUCAGUCUCCAGUGUUCUUGGAUAACAGUCAAGAUCAGUUCAUGGUAAAAUUGUUAGCUGGCCUAGAGGAUGAUGGGUAUCAAAUGAACAUGUUCAAGAGGUUGUCACCACACAAUUAUGCAGAGUGCAGCAACAUGCAGAAUAGUGACGAUGAGGAGAAUGAGCCCACGGUGGAGAAGGAAGAAACAGAACUUAGCAUGUUAAUGUCUCAGCGUUGGGACAACGAUAUUGAAGAGCAGGAUGCCAAACGGCACCGACUUUGUAAGAACAUUGACGGGAGCUCAUCAGAAGAAGAGUCGUCUUCGGAUAAUGAAAUGGAAUGGAGCAGUAACAAGUUGCUUCUUGCAAAUCUUUCUAUACCUCAGUUAGAUGGAACAGCAGAUGAGAACAGUGAUAAUCCUUUAAAUAAUGAAAGUACCUUAACCCAUUCUUCUGUUAUUGCAAAGAGCAAGCUAGUAAAAGCAUCUCUCUUUCACAAAGAUGCUACGUCACUGGAGCCACAGUCGUCUGCCAAAACCGCCUUUCAGUGUCAACACACAAGUGCACUUUCAUCCCACGUUUUGAAAAAAGAGGGACUCAUGGUGGAGCUUUCCAAAUCUGCUUUAGAAAAGGUGCCUGAACAUUCUGUCCAUUCAUUCCCAAAAGAAAGCACUUACAAUAUGAAAUAUCCUGCACCUUUUAACAAACCAAGCCACCCAGAAGUCUUACCUAAAGAUGGAAGCAAAAAUGACAUUGUUCCUGCUAGUGACAAGAAUAUGUUCGAGGAGGGCAUCUCUUCAGUGACCCGGCACUUGCAAUGCAGGAAGUUCGCCAGCAUUAGAAAAAUUGAUAAAGAUGGCUCUUUUUUACAUGUGAACCGUCAUGUCACUGAAGACACAAUAGAUAGAAGUGCAAGAAAUUUUGCAGAACUUAGCAACAACAAAUUGAAAAAAUCUGCUGAUGGAAACGAUAAAUGUAACAACCCACCUUUAAGCAGUUUUCUUCCUGCAGCCUUAAGUGAAAGCUGCGACAUGACUCCAUGUGCAGAUGGCAGUAGAACCACAAUGCAUCCUGUAGAUUCCAGCAUUAACGAAGGAAGUCUUAAUAAACUUAAGGUGCGAUAUGCAGAGUUGCAGGAACACAAGGCUGAAGUUACCAGUGCCAAUCAGCAGGUGACACAUUACAAGUUUUUCCCCAGUGUUGUACUUUCAAAUUGUUUAAACCGUCCACAGAAACCUACACCACUGUCUUGUAAACUCCAGGAACCUAAAAAAACAAGAUUAAAGCUAGCUAAAAAACUAAAGGCUUCUGGAAACACUGAGCCUCCUAGUGACUUAGACAAUGGGAGCAAUCCAGAAUCUGUAGCAACAUUUGAGGCAAAUUCUGAUCUUGUUCAAGAGCACUCUGUUGCAGACAAUUAUCAAAUGGAGAGUUCCAUCUGCCCAUCUGCUGGAGAAUUAAAUGAUAUUGAUCUGGUAAAAGACAGUAGCUAUGCACCAGGAAACGCAUGUAGCAAAAGUCCUCCUGAUGUUGACCGAGUUCCUUCAUGUGAUUUAGCUGUGAUGAUGGAUGAUGGUGCAUUUCAAACAAAUAGUUGUGAAAUGAAUCCGUUUGAAUGUCAUUUUGAAGAAGGUCAUGCAGAUUCUGACCCGAACCUAGCACUUUAUGCAAAUAAAUACACUUUAAGAACAAAACGGAAAGCAAAUUUUGAAAGUGAAGAUGGAGAAGGAAGCCCAAGUCCACACAACUCUAAAUUAAAUCUACCUCAACCCACUGAAUCCACCGAAGAUGAUCUAAAUUCUCAAAAGGUGCGUAAACGCAGGAAAAUGUCGAGUAAGCUGCCGCCUAUAAUUAUUAAGUACAUAAUAAUAAACCGGUUUAAGGGCAGAAAAAACAUGCAAGUAAAAUUGGCAAAGCUUGAUCCAUCAAUAGAGUAUGUAAAACUAACAGAGGACAAAAUCCAACUGUAUAAUAAAAUGGCACCUUUAAAAGAUUUUUGGCCCAAAGUGCCAGAUUCUCCUGCAACCAAAUUUCCAAUAUAUCCUAAUGCACCAAAGAAAAAUCCAAAACGAAAAACAAAACAGAAGACUGCAAAGAAAAAGCCUGGGAGACUUCCAAAGUCAUGUGAUGAUAAAAUUCGGAAAAAAAAUAUACCUGUAAGACGGAGGAGACCACAUACUUUUCUUGCAUCUCCCAUGCCAUCCUAUAAUACUGAAACGGAAGACUGUGACACAGACUAUAAGGAUGUUAUGUCAAAACUUGGUUUUCUUACAGAGAGAAGUCCAAGUCCAAUAAAUAUGUCUCCUCCACGUUGCUGGUCUCCCACUGAUCCAAGGGCAGAAGAAAUAUAUUCUAGUCCUGUUGAAGAGACUCCUCUUUUUAAAUGUCCUGUUAUAGGAAGUAGUAAGAAAGAGGAUUUAAACACCAUAAAGAAAAGACAAAGAAAGGCACAAGCAAACAGAUCUAGGAAAAAAAUCACUAGUCCCCAAAUAGCAGUAACCAAACUAGGCAAUAAAGUCGCUCCUUCUGAGUUGGUUAAGAAUGGGAAGAGACAGAAGGGUAAAUCAAGGCAGAAGAAGAGUGAGAAUGCACCAAGAAAGCAUACAAAAAUUAAAGAUAGGGAUAAGAAAGCAAAUGUUCAGCCUUUUGAAUCAGAGACAACAGUAUUUCAGCACCAGGAGCAACCUAUACCUUUAAAAGAUGAUGUGCUACCACCAUCUCUUAGCCAGCCGGACCUUACCUUGUCUGGGUUUUCAACUGGGCAUCUGCCUUCUACUCAAAUGCCAUCAACAAGCAGCAUGCAAGAGAUCUCAUCUGGUUGUUCGUUCGCCAUUACAUCAAAUCAAUUGAAGUUACAGCAAUACUCUAGUCAAAAAGAAACACACACUCCUUUACCAACUCCCUUACCACUAAACCAAGAUGUAGAGCCAUUUAAGAUUUCCCCAACAAGGGCUCAGAUUGCCAGUGUGUUUCAAACAAAAGACUUAACUGCAUCACAAAGCAUACCAAAUUCAUUUUCUCGUUCAUCUCAGGUAAUACAAAAUGCUCAAUUCACACUGGGUAAUACCUUUCUGAAUAGGGAGCAUCCUACUGAGACCCAGAAAAGACUUUUGGCCUCUGUCGGGAAACUGCGAGAAAUGCAGGGUUCUCCUGAGUCUUUGCCUUUUGAGAAGUUUUUUCCAAACGUGUUUAGCAGUCAGCAGCAAGGAUCUUCUUUAACAGACCCUGUUAAGAAUUGUGAUUCUAUUUCUUCUGCACCUUCUUUGGAGGAAGGUCGUGAAACGAUUCAGCCAUCUAAGAAUGGUCUAACAUCAACAAUAAAAAGCCCAGUCAAAAUAUCACAGUGGAAGCAAAAACAAGAAGUUUUUGAUGGGGCACCUUUUGGCAACCAGAAAUUAAGUCAAAACUGUUUACCAGACAUUUUCUCCUGCACUAAAGCUGUUCAGAACUCCGUCCAGGGGGCUGCUCCUCAAGCCAUUCUUGAAGGGCAAUCUGGAAUAGCUGUUCUAAAGGAACUUCUUCAUAAAAAACAGAAAGCAAAGGUGACAAAUGUGUUAGAGACGAUAACAAAGCUGAAAGAAAGUAUAUCUAAUCCACCUGAACCAAAAUGUUCAAAUAAAAAGUCACCAUGUGUUACCCCCAACAAAAGAGCAAGGGCACCAAGAAACACAAAACCUAAAGGAGCAAAGAAUGUAAAAAGUGACAUAGCGAAAAUUCCUAGAGAACACCAGAGAAAAGGCACUUCAUGUGCCCGGAGCCCUGGGAUUUUAUCUGACCAUGGCUUUGAAAGCUGCUACUCACUGGAAGACAGUUUGUCACCUGAGCACAACUAUAAUUUUGAUAUUAAUGCUGUAGGGCAAACAGGUCUUUGCAGUUUAUACUCUGGGAGUCAGUUUAUUCCAGCUGAUCAAAACUUACCUCAGAAAUUUUUGAGCGAUCCUUUUCCUGUCAACACUCUGGACAAGGAGUGCUUACAUCAUGAUGGUGCUCCGUCUGUACAGAAAAAGCCUCAACAGCUGCUUCUGAGACCAAGUUCUCUUAGUCCAGAUUUAUUUGAAAAAUGUAGUGAUAUUAAGCAAAGCCCCUUGCUUACUCAAUGGAAAAAUGGAUUAGUAGUUCAAAGCCUCCAUUAUUCAUCCUUAAAUGAUGGACUCAGUAUUAAAGAUUCAGAAGAGUGUCUCAGUGGAAAAGGUUUGUCAAACAGAAAAAGUAUUCUUAAAGAGGCCACGUUUCAUUCACCUGAGCAAGGAUGGAGUGAGGUAGAUCCAAAUUGUUCAAUUAAAGAUACCUCUGCGUUUGAAAGUUGUCAGCGUCCUUGCUCAAAUUCCUCCUUUACUGGGCUACUGUCUUCCCCAGAAGGAGAUUUUAUGGAUUGUGUUUCAGAAGAUCUAGAAUUAUAUAUUUCAAGGCACAUUGAUGGUUUAACGCCAACUCCUGACAGUUCACCAAGAUCUAUAAGUUCACCAUCGCAGACCAAAAAUGGAAGUGCCACACCACGUCCAGUUCACAUUUUGAAACCCUUAAUGUCUCCUCCAAGUCGGGAAGAAAUUAUGGCAACUUUAUUGGACCAUGACCUUAUGGAAACCAUUUAUCAAGAACCAUUUUUCAGUAAUCCCUCAGAUGCACCAGAGAAACCAAGAGAGAUUGGAGGUAGAGUUCUAACAGUAGAAACAAAAUUACCCCACAAUCUUCCUGAAUUUGAGGGAGAUUUUUCAAUGGAGGGAUUGCGACUUUGGAAGACUGCAUUCUCUGCAAUGACACAGAAUCCCAGACCAGUUUCACCAACCCGGAUGAACAGACUCCUUGUUGAAAGAGAGAAAGACAAAAUCAAUCCUGAAGAUGAUAAAAAGCUGAUAAUCAUGCCUUGUAAAAGUGCCCCAGCCCCACAGAGAGUUCAGUUAUGGCUUGAAGCCAAGGACCUGUAUGAGGCAUCGAAGAGUUCAGAUAAAAAUCCAAUAAAUCAAGAAACAAAUGAACCCACUACUGUUAAAGCAGCUACUAUUCCAAGUGGCUGCAAUAGCUUACCUCCAAAAGAAAUCCAGAUUUUAGUUGCGGAAUCUGCAACUUCCGACGAUCAACCAUCAAGUGAAACGAACGUAACCAUUCAUUUUGCCAGUUCGCCUCCUGCCCUCCAUUUAACGGACUCUGAUCCUGUUGAAAGAGAACUGGAUUUACCGCUAGGCACAGCUGAAUCAGAAUCCAGUGAUAAGACAAAUGAUAUCGAUUUUGAUGAUUCUAUCUCACCGAAUUCUCCAAUAUUGCCUCCUUGGCAGACUCCCGUCUCUCCAGAUUCUGUCCAACCUUCUGCAGGUCUCAAAGACUUUAAAAAUAAUUCAUCACCACUGUCUGAAGCUUGUAAAACUGAAUACUGUAAGGAUACUACAAGUCAGUUGAAAAACGAAGCGAGUGAGUUUUCCGAACAAUCUCCUCAGUUCAAUCAGGACAAGCACAUGUCCAAAUACGUCUGCCUACACAGUACACCAGUCACAGAAAGAAGAUGGGAAAAAGCUUCCCCUGAAGCACUUCUCUGUACUCCUGUCAUGUCAGAAACAAAAUGCCAAAAAUUAAGUCAGAAAAGAAGAGGAAACCCAGACAAACUAAGAAGGGUACUUUUAACAACUCAGAUGAAGAAUCAGUUCUCUGCCAUGGCACGUGUGAAAAAAGAGACUUCCCAGAUUGAGGGGCCAUCUCUGAAUAAUUCAUAUGGCUUUAAAGUCAGUGCACAGAACCUGCAGGAAGCAAAAGCCUUACACGAGGUGCAACACCUGACAUUGAUGUGCAUGGAAUUGCAUGCAAGAACACGCCGAGACUUGGAGCCCGAUCCUGAAUUUGAUCCCAUCUGUGCUUUGUUCUUCUGCAUCUCUUCAGACUCUUUGCUGCCAUACACUAACAAAACAGAGAUUACUGGUGCCAUUGUGAUUAGUCAAGACACCACAACUAGUGAAGACAGAAGAUCGGCUCCAUUACUCACCAGGUCUGGUAUUGCAGGAUUUGAGGUCACAUAUGCAGCAGAUGAAAAAGAACUGUUUGAGAAGUUGUUGUAUCUGAUCAGAAGGUAUGAUCCUGAUAUAUUAAUCGGAUAUGAAGUUCAGAUGCACUCAUGGGGGUAUCUGCUGCAGAGGGCGUCCGCUCUAAAUGUGAAUCUCUGCCAGCAAAUGUCCAGAAUACCAGAUGAUAAUACUGAUAACAGAUUUACAGCUGAAAAGGAUGAAUAUGGUGCUGACACUAUGAGUGAAAUAAAUGUAGUUGGCCGCAUUGUUCUCAAUAUUUGGAGGAUGAUGAAAAGCGAGGUGGCUUUAACUAAUUAUACCUUUGAAAAUGUGGCCUUCCAUGUUCUUCAUCAGAGAUACCCCUUAUUUAGUUUUCGAACGCUGUCAGACUGGUUUGAUAAUAGAACAGAUGUGUACAGAUGGAGGAUGACUGAUCAUUACAUGAGCCGUGUCCAUGGAACGCUUAAGUUACUAGACCAGUUGGACCUCAUUGGAAGAACUAGUGAAUUAGCAAGAGUUUUUGGGAUUCAGUUUUUACACGUUUUAACGCGAGGGUCACAGUAUCGUGUGGAAUCAAUGAUGCUUCGUAUUGCUAAGCCAAUGAACUAUAUUGCCUUGACUCCCAGCCCCCAGCAACGGUCUCAGAUGAGGGCCCCUCAGUGUAUUCCUCUUGUGAUGGAGCCAGAGUCUAAAUUUUACAGCAACUCUAUUUUGGUUCUGGAUUUCCAGUCAUUGUACCCUUCCAUUGUAAUUGCUUACAACUAUUGCUACUCUACCUGCCUGGGGCACAUAGAAAGUCUGGGGAGACAUGAUGAGUUCAAAUUUGGCUGCACCUCCCUGCGUGUCCCACCAGAUCUACUAUACCAGAUACGACAUGAUAUUACCGUAUCCCCUAAUGGUAUUGCUUUCGUAAAGGCUAAUGUACGAAAAGGUGUGUUGCCAUGCAUGCUUGAAGAGAUUUUGAAGACUCGGAUAAUGGUGAAACAGUCAAUGAAAGAAUAUAAACAGGACAAAAGCCUAAGCCGACUUCUUGACGCACGCCAGCUUGGACUGAAACUGAUCGCCAAUGUUACAUUUGGCUACACCGCUGCUAACUUUUCAGGGAGAAUGCCAUGCGUAGAGAUUGGAGACAGUAUUAUCCAUAAAGCGAGAGAGACCCUGGAACGUGCUAUAAAACUAGUCAACGAUACUAAGAAAUGGGGAGCCCGAGUGGUGUAUGGUGACACGGACAGCAUGUUCGUUCUGCUGAAAGGAGCUACAAAGGAGCAGUCUUUUAAGAUUGGACAGGAAAUUGCUGAAGCUGUAACUGCUACCAACCCGAAACCAGUAAAACUAAAGUUUGAAAAGGUCUAUUUACCCUGUGUUUUACAAACUAAGAAGAGGUAUGUGGGCUAUAUGUAUGAAACUCUUGACCAAAAAGAUCCGGUUUUCGAUGCAAAGGGGAUAGAGACAGUCCGAAGGGACGCCUGCCCUGCUGUUGGUAAGAUACUUGAACGAUCAAUCAAGUUGCUUUUUGAAACCAGAGAUAUAAGUCAAAUAAAGCAGUAUGUUCAGAGACAAUGUCUAAAGCUAUUGGAAGGUAAAGCCAGCAUGCAAGAUUUGAUCUUUGCCAAGGAGUACAGAGGAAGUUUUGCAUACAGGCCUGGAGCCUGCGUCCCAGCACUCGAACUGACAAGGAAAAUGGUUGCCUAUGACCGCCGCUCAGAGCCUCGUGUUGGAGAAAGGGUCCCGUACGUCAUUGUGUAUGGCACUCCGGGAGUGCCUCUCAUUCAGCUUGUGAGACGGCCAAUCGAUGUACUGCAGGAUCAUAAUCUGAGAUUAAAUGCAACCUACUACAUUACCAAACAGAUAUUGCCCCCUUUAAACAGAAUCUUCUCGCUCAUUGGUGUUGAUGUCUUCAGUUGGUAUGAUGAGCUACCAAGGAUUCAGAAGGCAUUUUCAACAGUACGGAAUGAUGUAGAUGCAAGAAAAGGCACAAUCUCACAGUAUUUCACAACUUUGCAUUGUCCAAUUUGUGAUGAACUGACCCAGCACGGUAUAUGCAGUAAGUGCAGGAGUCAACCUCAACAUGUGGCUGUGAUUCUCAAUCAGGAAAUUCGAGAAAUGGAAUCUAGACAAGACCAGCUAGCCAAGAUAUGUAAAAAUUGCACAGGCUGCAGCGAUUCCCAGAUACAGUGCAUCUCUCUCAACUGUCCAGUACUUUUCAAGCUGUCCAGAGUGAGUCGAGAACUGUCCAGGGCGCCAUACCUGCGGCAGCUACUCGACCAGUUUUGAAUUGUAUUCUAAAAUACCUAGUGCUAUUUCUUUCAGUGUUUAUCACACUACAAACUGUUGUGCAUGGUGCUGUUUUUGGAUUGCAAUGUUUUCAUGAUUUUUAUUUAAUUAUUUUUUUAAUUUGACUCUUAUUCGAAGUAACACUUCUUGCCAUCAAUGCUGGGGGUUUAACCUUUGUAUUGCUCUUUAUACAAUGUACAAAGUAUUUUUUUUUCUUUCUUUAUUUGAACUUUGUAACAUAAUGUUUUAUAAGUACAGGUGCUUGAUCUAGCUAGCGGAAUCAUUGUGUAAAUCCAUUUCUUACAAUGAUCUUAUACUUUUGGCAAAGUCACCAAGAAAGGCACUGAUAAAUUUAAAGUAAUCUUAUAUGAUGAUUCCGAGCACACAGAUCUGAUACAUCCGCAUUCGACUUCUCUUCAAUUCUAGGAUGCCCAUUUUGAAAAUAUUUUGUAAAUAUACCUUUUUUACUUUUGAAACAAUGGAGUAAAAUAAUGUGCAAUGUGGUUUUAUACAGAUCAUUUGAAAGCUAAUAGGUAUAUUUCCUCUCUACGUUUUGUUUUGUUUUGUUUUUUGAUGAUGACACCGUGCUAAUUGUAUUCCCGUGUAACAUUUCAAACAGUCAUUUUCUUAAAAAAGAAAAAAUAUGACAAUAUAAAAAUAUAUUGCUGUCUUGCUUUUUAGAUAUUUAUGGGGCAUUGUGAAGAAUUGUGUGAAGACAUUUUUUGUUACAAAUCUGUGGGACUGUUGCAAUACUUUAAAUAGAAAAUUUAUUCCAUUUUGCUUGUUUUGUAUAGACAUUUCUAUGGUUUCUAAAUAUGCUUAAAAUGCUUCAAAUAUUUUUUUUCUUUAGUUAUGUACAGUUAAAUCUUAUUUGCCAUCAUCCUGAACACAUCAGUGUAUUUAGAUUAUUUGUAUAACUGUAUAAAAUGCAAAAAAUGAAUUAUGUGGUCAGUGUAAUGUUUUAUAAACUGGAAAUCAUUUGAAAAGUUAAAAUGGAAACGAUAUUAAAAUUGAAUAAAAUAUCUAA